UUGAAAGAAAGUGGGCGAAUAAUAAUAAAUUAUGAUCUCUAAUUAUUCUUCCCAUUUGCAAGACUCAUUUCAUCCAGAAGGCAGUGUUUUUGAAAGCCAGGGUGCGCUAGAUCUCUCUGGGCAUAUCUCCUUGGUCAGACCUAUUGCGGAUGCAGAAGCUUGUCCAGAAGGACUCAGACUAGCAUACACUUCAAAGAAGAAUUUCUUGAUUGGAGCGUUCUGGCUUCUGGCCUGAAUCCUGAGUACUUCUACUACCGGUCCGAUUGUUCUGAUGAUUCCUGCUAAAAGUACUUAUGUCUCUAUCUCAUGGAGAUCUCAGUGCUCUUGCCUCAUCAUGGCUCUGUGGUCCAUCACUGGCUACAUCAGGUAUAGCAGAAGGGAGCCAAGUGAUAACUAUGAUGCUUGUGAAAGCCUCGGACUCACUACAUGGGAGAAAAUCAAAAAGGACUCAUCACCUCAGAAUCUGUUCAGCACAUCCUUAAUGUCUUUCUUCCUAUUCAUAUGGAUACUUGGCCUAGUCCUUGGGUGCAAAUACACUCUCACCGCACAUGCUGACGUCCUCUACUGCAGUAACGGUGUCUUUAUUCUUCUGAUCGCUCUUCUCACUUGCCAAUACGUGCACAAAUAUGAAAUAGGAGGUUAUCUGGUUUACGGAGUUGGAGUGUUGAUUAUGCUUAGUGAUCCUUUGGCGACUAAGACUGGAGAAGGAACCAACAAGAUGUUGGGGAACUUCUUAGCCAUCAGUGGAGCUUUAGGAGGAGCUUUAUUCGGAAUAGUGUCAACAAAGCUUAAGAGAGACUCAGAUCAAACCGUAUGAAUGUUCUAUCUUUUCCUUGGACAUUUUACCAUCCAAGUACUUAUCUUCCCUCACCUAGAAGACAACCCUCUAUUCUUCAGCUUAGACCCCCACUUCGGCAUAUUCGGAUGGCUGUCUAACCCAUGGUACGCAGGAUUAAUGCUGCUAUUUGUCUGUCCAUGGACUAGCAUCACUUCAAACUACUCAUUAUUGGAGUGUUACAAAUAUUGGACAUUGGACAUAGUAGCCGUGUUCUUUUUAAUGGAACCUUACUUUGCUGAGAUAGCAGCUAUUUUGCUAGGCCAAGACGAAAUCCCAGGAUCUCAAACAUUCAUUGGGGUAACUAUACUGAGCUGUGGAAUUGCUCUUUCUAUCUAUGGCUCUAAGAUAAAAGCAUCUGAGACUAUGAAUCCUAAAGCUAAUGUCACAGAUGAACUUAAUAUCGAGCUCAGUGAUAGACCCUCAACUGAGCUUUAAAUAUCACCGAUAUUUUAACCUAAUUAAAUUAUUUUACGUUCAA